CAAGCCUUCUGUGACGACUGCGCGACUGGAGCGUUUUUUAUCCUUCCUUUUUUUCUUCCUCUUUUUUUGCCUUUGAGCUUUCCCACUUUGGAGUCUCGGCCACGACCAUUGCCUCUCAAACCCACCCCCACCCGCUAAACAGGAAACGGCAGCCCCUGGCGACACCCGCCCACCUGCCCAAUUUUGACCCCGAUCUUGGACCCGCGCCGCGACCACAAACGAACGUGCCAGUGGACACAAACGUCAUUGCUCCCAUCUCCGCGACUCCUUUCAGGCACGCCGACUGCGCUCCGAGAGCUCGACGGCACCAUCCCCGACCACGACUCAUUGACUUUACAUCGUCCGAGCGAAGGGAUCAGUCUCAGGAAUGGAUACAAACAUGGAGGAUGUCGGGCGCGUGCCCGCCGACCUGAGCCCGGCCAACCUCGAGCCGGCCUCCAUUCCGACGCUCGACGGCUGGAUCGAGAGCUUGAUGCAGUGCAAGCAGCUGGCCGAAUCAGAUGUCCAGAGACUGUGCGAGAAGGCACGCGAAGUUCUGCAAGAAGAAUCCAACGUCCAACCUGUCAAAUGUCCCGUGACGGUUUGCGGCGACAUCCAUGGCCAGUUCCACGACUUGAUGGAGCUCUUUAAGAUCGGCGGUCCAAACCCCGACACCAACUAUCUCUUCAUGGGGGAUUAUGUCGAUCGAGGGUACUACUCUGUCGAGACCGUCACCCUGCUUGUGGCCCUCAAGAUCCGAUACCCGCAGCGCAUCACUAUCCUGCGCGGCAACCACGAGUCCCGCCAGAUCACCCAGGUGUACGGCUUUUACGAUGAGUGCCUGCGCAAGUACGGCAACGCCAAUGUGUGGAAGUACUUUACCGACCUCUUCGACUACCUUCCCCUCACCGCCUUGAUCGACAACCAGAUCUUUUGCUUGCACGGCGGCCUCUCGCCGAGCAUUGACACUCUCGAUAACAUCAGGGCUCUGGACAGGAUCCAGGAGGUGCCGCAUGAGGGGCCCAUGUGCGAUCUCCUGUGGUCCGACCCCGACGACCGGUGCGGCUGGGGUAUCUCACCCCGAGGCGCGGGGUACACGUUCGGCCAGGACAUAUCAGAGGCUUUCAACCAUAAUAAUGGGCUGACCCUGAUUGCCCGGGCGCACCAGCUCGUGAUGGAGGGGUACAAUUGGUCGCAGGACCGAAAUGUGGUGACCAUCUUUUCGGCCCCCAACUAUUGCUACAGAUGCGGCAACCAGGCCGCGAUAAUGGAGAUCGACGAGCACCUGAAAUACACAUUCCUGCAAUUCGAUCCGUGCCCGAGGGCGGGAGAACCCAUGGUGUCUAGGAGGACCCCGGAUUAUUUCUUGUAAUGAAAACAAAAAACCAACGCUGGCCUCUGGCCGCGUACCCGUGCUCGGCAAGAACUGUCAUAGUACGGGGAGCACAUCUGGCGAUACAUCGAUACUGGCCCUCCUGCCAGGCUACCUCUGCGUUUCUUAGAGGGGAUGGGCGGCGCUAUCAAGAAGAGGUACCUACGUUGUAUCCAGAGAACAACAGGUCAAACAGUUGCUCGGGCCCCGUAAUUCCCCUGGCAUCUGAACCGAACGUUCCCCCAGUUGCCGGUUCUCGUCAUGGAGCAAGGAGGCUGCAUGUUAAGAGACCAGCAAUCGGAUUGGAUUAUGAGGGCUUCUUACCUGUUGUCGAGAUCCACGUCUCGCUUCGCGGAGCGAGCUGGGAUUAGGCUAGUUGUGCCAUGCCAGCGUUGCUUUUCAAUCUCAAUGAAUGAAGUUUUUGCUGUUCUGUGCU